ACCCGCUGGAUGAGCCAACCAAAGCGGCGCAAGGCUUGACCCUCUGCGGCUACUGGAGACAUGCCUGCUUGGAGAGAGGAAACGACAGACAUCCGAGAGAGCUGCGGAACAGCGUGGCUGGCGACCCAAAAGCAGGACUAUAAAAAAAUGACACUUCUGGUACGUUAAAGGCACGGUUGCGUGAAUGAAGGAUUUAUGGAAAGAAGAUUUGAGCACAGGAACAGGUUCGGCGUGAGCGGCAAGCUUUGAUGUUACAGUGGAUUACACUGUAGAUGUAGGCUCAUUUUUAUACAUUUUUAAUUAAAUUGUGUUGUCACUUUCGGUGACCAAAUUGACACUUGUAGCUUUCAUUCAAGCUUCUAUUUUGGAGACUUUGUGAGUUACCAGAUAUUAUUUUUGAAUCGUAAUAUAAACAGUCGAAGAACACCACAUUCAAUUUGACUCUCUUCUUUGCUCCUUUGAUUCGUGCGUCACACAGCUCAAAUCUCGAGUUGGAGGAGAAACGGAAGAAGUGAUCGAACAGUCGUGUACACGGUGUUCCAUGAUGGAACAUAAUCAUUCUUCACCGUGAGGAUGAACCACAGAACCAGCCCCGCCAAGGCUUACGAUUUUCUGCUCAAGUUUCUCCUGGUCGGGGACAGCGAUGUGGGAAAGGGGGAGAUACUUGCGAGCCUCGAGGACGGAGCUAGCGAGUCUCCAUAUGGCUACAACAUGGGAAUCGACUACAAGACGACUACGAUACUCCUAGAUGGAAGAAGAGUCAAGCUGCAGCUCUGGGACACAUCUGGCCAGGGGCGCUUCUGCACCAUCUUCCGCUCUUACUCCAGAGGAGCACAGGUGUGUGUGUGUGUGUGUGCGCGUGCGAUUGUGUUUGAGUGUGCACCUUUGCCAAAAAAGAGUGUGUUUAGCAUUUUUCAUAAAUAUUUUCUCUCUCCUUUGCUCUCUCUCUCCUCCCCUUCUCUGUCUUUCUUAGUGUUGAGUCUCCAGGACCUGUGCUGUCGUUCCAUCGUGUCUUGCACCCCUGUCCACCUGGUUGACAAGCUUCCUCUCCCCCUGGCCCUCAAGUCCCACCUCAAGUCUUUCUCCAUGGCCAACGGCCUCAAUGCCCGCAUGAUGCACGGAAGUUCCUACUCUGUCACCACCACCAACACCACCCACAUCGCCACCAAGAGGACCGGAGGUCAGCUGCUGAAAAAAAAAAAAUGUAUCCGCCCUCAGCAGCUCAGCCCGGCAACCGCACAGAGCUGCACCGGCAACAGCUGCAAGAUCUCCUAGCAACCGGCCGAAAUAGGAAUAGGAAGUCCUUGGGACAGUAUGUUGUCAUCGAAGGAACAGGACAUUGGUGUUGUUCACUACUGCAGCUCAUCUAGGCUCACCAAGAGCCAGCCACAUUCAAGGGUGUUUUCAAUGAGGGGUGACCCCUCACAGCCCCCCAUAACCCCACAGACCAGGAAGUUGUCACAGGGACUGGAUGUUCUAGGCCUCCAGACCCACAAGAGUCCCACCUGAGCUCCAUGGUGGAACGAAGAUGUGGAAGGAACCUGCCAUGUUCAGAGGCUGUGGAUUGACACUACUGGUCACUUGCAUUGGACCCAAAAGGAAGUUUUGACAACCGAUCGUGUCUGAGCCAUAUGACUGUAUAGUGCGUAAUAUGAUUCCAUGAAUACAGUAUGUCAACAUAUGAGCUAUAUAGUACUAUGUGUACACUAUUUGUGGAUGAUCUGUGGUUAUUUUUGCUCUGUUGCCUCACCCAAUGACACAAAGCAUUCAAAUGAGUUUCACACCUGUGGUCUAAUUUCACAAUGAAAGGAAAGUGGACUGGUAUUAUAAAUGGUAUACUAUAUCGUUGCCUUUUAAACAAAAUGCUGGACAUAGCCUUUUUAAAAUCUGGCUACUGGUUUUACACACCGUUACUUUUUACAGUAAAAUACUAUUUUUGCCGACGUCGUCUGGAAUUUCAAGUCUUUGGAGAAACCAUUUGUAUAAUGAAUUUGUAUGAUAUGUACAGUUAUGACAAUGUUGUUUGAUACUGUUUGUUUGAUGUUGGGUUUGUAGGUGUUUCACAGUGACACAGAUGAUGCUAUUAAGCAAUAAGGCCCUAGGGGUUGUGGUAUAUGGCCAAUAUACCAUGGCUAAGGGCUGUUCUUAGGCACGAUGCAAUCCGGCCAUAUAUCACUAACCCCCAAGGUGCCUUACUGCAAUUAUAAACGGUUUACCAAUGUAAUUAGAGCAGUAAAAGUAAAUGGUUUAUCAUACUUGUGGUAUACGGUCUAUAAUAAACUGGGUGGUUCGAGUCCUGAAUGCUGAUUGGCCGACAGCCAUGGUAUAUCAGACCUUAUACCACGGGUACGACAAAACAUGUAUUUUUACUGCUCUAAUCACAUUGGUAACCAGUUUAUAAUAGCAGUAAGGCACCUCGGGGGUUUGUGGUAUAUGGCCAAUAUACCACUGAUAAGGGCUGUGUCCAGACACUCCGCGUUGUGUCGUGCGUAAGAACUGCCCUUAGCCGUGGUAUAUUGGUCAUAUAACACACCUCCUCGGGCCUUAUUGCUUAAAUAUACCACAACUUUCAGCCAAUCAGCAUUCAGGGCUGGAACCAGCCAGUUUAUAAUUUCAGAUAGAUAGUGACAACACCAAAGACACAGCAGACGUAGUGAGGAUGUCACUGAAUGAACAAGCUGUUUUGUACAGUAAAUAUUACCACUACAAUAAAUUUCACAAACAGGAA